GUACUGAGUCGCGUUGUCAAAGCGAUUCCCCGAAGUACGCCAGGAACUCGCGACAAUGCUUAUCCCAAAGGCUGACCGCAAGAAGAUCCACGAGUACCUCUUCCGUGAGGGUGUGCUCGUAGCGAAGAAGGACUUCAACCUUCCCAAGCACUCUGACAUUGACACCAAGAACCUCUAUGUCAUCAAGGCUUGCCAGUCCCUUACUUCCCGUGGCUACGUCAAGACCCGCUUCUCCUGGCAAUACUACUACUACACCUUGACCCCCGAGGGUCUCGAGUACCUCCGUGAAUGGCUCCACUUGCCUGCUGAGAUCGUUCCCGCUACGCACAUCAAGCAGCAGCGUUCUCAUGCUCCUCCACGCGGCAUGAUGGGCGGCGAGGGUGAGCGCGAGAGACGCCCUGGUCCCCGUGGCGAUCGUCCUCCUCGUGGUGACGGUGGUUACAGACGCCGUGAGCAGGGUGAGGGUAAGGAGGGCGGUGCUCCUGGAGACUUCGCUCCUUCUUUCCGUGGAUUCGGCCGUGGUCGCGGUGCUCCACCAUCCUAGAUGAACUGAUUUAUCUUUGAACUUGUGGAUGGGGAGCGGUGGUUACGGUCACUCGUACCUGGUUAGUGGCCGUUCCGCACAUCAGCCUAAAACAAGUGAUAUUGGGAUAUGUCGGGUCUUGAGUCGAUGAAACUUCAAUGUGUUAUAAGUACUCGUCAUGCUGUUUUAAGUCGCCUAUUUUAUUAUGACGGCGCUACGACGAGUUCAAAAUAUAAUGAAACAUCGACUAGAAACAAUCCUCUUUGCUUCUGCU